UUGGUGUAUUUUUUUUUACAUUACCGGUUCAUACUAAAUCGAUCGAUUAAAGUAUUAUUACCGGUUUUUAUGACAACACUACAUAAUCGGCACGAUUCUCUCCGCCAUAUUUCUUUCUUGUGUGCGUUGGAUCCAUCUUCGUCAAGAUGAGUUCCCUCAAACUACAGAAGAGGCUAGCAGCCUCUGUUAUGCGAUGUGGUAAAAAGAAGGUGUGGCUUGAUCCCAAUGAGAUCAAUGAAAUCGCUAACACCAACUCGAGACAGAACAUCCGUAAGAUGAUCAAGGAUGGUCUCGUCAUCAAGAAGCCCGUGGCGGUGCACUCCCGUGCUCGCGUCCGCAAGAACACAGAGGCCCGCCGCAAGGGUCGUCACUGUGGGAUGGGUAAAAGAAGAGGUACCGCUAAUGCCAGAAUGCCUCAGAAGGAACUCUGGGUCCAAAGACAAAGGGUUCUCCGUAAACUGCUCCUCAAGUACAGAACCGCCAAGAAGAUUGACAGACAUCUGUACCACGCCCUGUACAUGAAGGCGAAGGGUAACGUGUUCAAGAACAAGCGUGUCCUCAUGGAGUACAUCCACAGGAAGAAGGCGGAGAAGGCUAGGACUAAGAUGCUCAGUGACCAGGCGGAGGCCCGUCGCAACAAGGUGAAGGAGGCGCGCAAGCGGCGCGAGGAGCGCAUCGCCGCCAAGAAGGAGGAGCUGCUGCAGACCUUCGCCCGCGAAGACGAGGCCGCCGUCACCGCCAAGAAGUAGACUAGCCUUUUUAAGUUACAUACAAAAAAUAUGAUCCAAUAAAUGCUUUGGGUUGA